UGUACGUAAACAAAACCAGUAAGUGAAAGAAAAAGUAACAAGUGAGAGGUUCAAAUGGGACCCAAACCAGGAUCUCCUGUCAGACAUAGGUGAGACACAGAAUCUAAGCAGAGGAAAAGGUGCAUCAUCUGUUAUGGAGGUGGCUGCUCUGGGUCGACCUUUCAGUUUAGGGAUGCUCUAUGAUGCCCGGAGAGGGAAACUCAUUCCAGGUGUCACACUGUGGAAUAAUAAAACUCUGCAGAAGAAGUCAGUGGAGAAUAAUCAGUACAGCAGUGAGUUUCACAUCAAUGCAAUGGAUUCCAUUGAAAAAAAGUCGUCACUGCUGGAUGUUGAUGGUUCACUGAAGGCCAGUUUCCUGGGUGGACUCAUUGAAGUUGAAGGAUCAGCCAAGUAUCUGAAUGAUAAGAAGAAAUCAUAUCAUCAGUGUCGAGUCACCCUUCAGUACAAAGCUACCACCAAAUUCAAACAGCUGAUGUUGACUCCUGAUGAAACCAAAAACACUCAAGAAGCAAAAGAUGUGAAACGUUUGGCGACACAUGUAGUCACAGGAAUCCUUUAUGGAGCAAAUGCUUUCUUUGUGUUUGACAGUGAGAAGUUAGAUGAUAGCAGCAUUCAAGUCAUCGAGGGCAGCAUGCAAGCAGUGAUAAAGAAGAUCCCCUCAUUUAAUGUUGACGGGAAAGUUGACAUCAAGCUGAGUGAUGAAGAAAAGACUGUGACUGAUAAAUUCACCUGCAAAUUCUAUGGAGACUUCAUUCUUGAAAGCAACCCUGGAACAUUUGAAGAUGCAGUGAAGACAUACAUCCAACUUCCAAAACUACUGAGAGAAAACAAAGAAAACUGUGUUCCACUGAAGGUCACACUGAUGCCUCUGAAGAAAUUACAUCCAAAAGCUGCUUACAUGAUAAGCAGUGGAAUUAUUAGUAAGGCUGAAGAUACCUUACAGGAGCUUGAUAACCUGGACAUACGCUGCAAUGAUCUGCUGGAGGACAGAGUGGUGAGAAGCUUUCCACAGAUACAAGAAAAGUUGAGCAGAUUCAAGAAGCUCUGUGAGUAUUACAGAUCUUCAAUCCAGCAGCAAAUGGCCAAGAAACUUCCCUCCAUCAGGGCAGGUGAGGAAGAUGAGCAGGAAUUAGUGAAAGUGUUUGAUGACAGAGACAAGUCACCGUUCAGUCAGGAGAGAUUAACCAAGUGGAUGGAAGAUGAAGAGAGAGAAGUCACCAUCAUCAGGUACUUUGUAGACAUGAUGGAGGGAACAAAGAUCAUCUCAGAUCAGUCUGAGCUGGACAGAGAGGUGUUUAAUCCAGGAGUAGAGGAAGUUCUCUGCUUUGUUUUCACCUCCCUGAAAUCCACUGACCCAUAUCUGCAGAACAUGUCUGACUACUUGGAGAAAAAGAAGCUGGAAGGUACUGAUGGUAACACUCCACCUGCCCAGGACCAAUGGUAUCGCUCAGAUGAAGUUAGAGCCAAAAUGAAAGAAAAGGCAGAAGCUGUGAAGAACUGCAGCAGACUGUUUAUAACAGCCAUAGAAAAUGACAAAUACAAAGGAGCAACUAUCUACCACUACAGGAACACAAACCUGGUCACUGAUGGUUUCUCAGGACCUGAUGUCACUGAUGUGGAAAACGUAACAAACAGAAGAGAUCUAAUGUGGUAUGCCUGUGGUCUCACCCUGGAUCCAAACACAGCAAACAACAACCUCAUCCUGUCUGAAGGGAACAAGAAGGUGACAAACGGAGAGUCGCAGUCGUAUCCCGACCAUCCUGAGAGAUUUGAUGUUUGGCCUCACAUUCUGUGCAGAGAGGCUCUGACUGGGCGCCAUUACUGGGAGGUGGAGCUGAAUAUGAACAAAGAUGCAGAUGCUGCUGCUGCUGUUUGCUACAGAAAAUUAGAGAGAAAGGGAGAAGGUAGAUUGACUGGGUUCGGGUGGAAUAACAUCUCCUGGUCUUUGGGCUUUAAAUGGAUACCAGACCCAACUUUCUAUGCAGAGCAUGAUGGGAAGACCACUAAUCACCCACUUCCACCUUCUGGCUGCCCCCGACUGGGAGUGUUUCUGGAUUGGCCUGCAGGGACUCUGUCCUACUACACAGUCUCAUUUAAUAAACUGAGUCACAUUCACACCUUCAGGACCAAUUUCUCUGAGUCUGUUUUUCCAGCCUUCAAGGUCUGGACUAAAAACAGCUCCGUGUUGCUCUGUCUGUAAACUUGAUGCCACAUAAUUCAGUUCAGCUUUUUACACCAGAGCUGUGUUAAAUGUGUAGAGUCCCAUCAUGUCAGUCAUAUUUAGUUUAUUUAAUAUAUGACAGCCAAUCAGCCUGAAUGAUCACAGCUAAAGGACACUUAGAGCAUCUUUUCCUGAAAUUAAAAGAGUUGUGUUCACAUAAAUGGGGCCUCACAUUAAGAGAUAGAAAUGGGUUUUUUUUAUCCACCUGCACAUUUCCAUGGUUUCCUGCAUUUGUGUUGUUUGACCCUCAGAUUGAUUGAAGUGAUCUUUUUCUCUUUUUUUUGUGCUUUAUGCUUUCAUUGAUCCUGCAGUUUAAUCCUGAUUAAAGCCUUUAAAUAUUUCAUGAUUUGUUAAUCCAAGCUUUUUUUUCUUUGUGAUGGUUUGAUGGAUUCUGCUUUUUCUUUGUAUUAUUUUCUUCCUGAGAUUAGAAUGAGUGGAAGUUAAAAUAAUUUGUCUGAUGUUUUAAUUUUAACUUGUUGCAUUUGAUCAGCUGAUUAAUUAGAAGACAUUUAUUCCAUUGUUAUAUCUGAACCAUUUUUUAUUGUUGUGGCUGACUUCAUAUUUCUUCACAUAAUAAAUGGUCUGAUUGAUAAUUUGAUUGAUAUUCAGACAUUUGACUUGCACGGUGAAUUCUCAUGUAAAUCUAUUUCAUUUCAAUAAAGUUAAAAAAAACU